CACAGAAACAGAUGACUGAUCAACUGUGAAAGGACAGCAAAAUCCCAGACAGCUGCAUCCCUGGUAAAAUUUAGAAUAACAAACGAAAACAUUCACUACAGCUAAGAAAAAUAUGGACAAUAGUAAGCAAACUGUUGUUGUAACAGGGUUUGAGCCAUUUGGAGAGCACACUAUUAAUGCCAGUUGGGUAGCAGUCCAGGAACUGAAGAAGCUGGGCCUGGGAAAGGACAUAGACCUGCAUGUGUAUGAGGUGCCUGUCGACUACCAGGCAGUCCAGAGUUUGAUUCCAUCACUAUGGAAGCAGUAUCAUCCCCAGUUAGUGGUCCAUGUUGGAGUCUCAGGUAUGGCCACCACCGUUACCUUAGAGAAAUGUGGCCGUAACCAUGGCUACAAGGGUCUGGACAACAGCCGCUUCUGUCCCCAUUCUCAGUGUUGCAUUGAGGGGGGCCCAGACUGCAUUGACUCUGUUAUUGACAUGGAAUCGGUCUGCAAAAGAGUGACAGCCUCUGGACUAGGAGUAGCAGUGUCCGUCUCAAAAGAUGCUGGCAGAUACCUCUGUGAUUUCACCUACUACACCUCUCUGUACCUGAGCCAUGGGCACUCAGCAUUCGUCCACGUGCCUCCCAUAGAGAAGCCUUAUAGUGGAGUGGACUUGGGUAGGGCCCUCCAAGCCAUCAUACAAGAGAUGUUGGACAUGCUCGACCAAACCGAAGAGAAGAUCCACUGCCAGCGUGUGCACUAAUUUACCUGUGAAAGCCAACUGCCUUUAAUCCCUUACACACGAGAGAUUAUGCACUUAACCACAAAUAGCCAAACAACGUUUUUGUUUCAUUACCUCUUCUGGUGCAAAUUCAAAAAUGGCAACCAUACAGACACUUCCAGUUGACUUAUUUCACAGUCAUUUCGUCACAUUCUUCGUUGCUGUUUCCUCAAGCUUUUGACCUAGCCGUUUUUUUACAUUUUUUAUCUUAAUGGUUAUGGUGAGGUGAGUAAAGCUGGUUCGGUGUUUUGGUGUAACGAGCUUUCCCCACAUUCUGUCUACAUAGAAGAGAUUGGGCAAGACGAAUUGAACUGGAAUAACAGGAAUUGACAGAAGUGAGCCACAUGCUUGUUCUAGGAGCGCUACUCUUUUUGAAUCUGUUGAGAAUCUUCCAUGGUUUUGACUCUUUAUCCAUACUUACACUGCUAUCUCAGAAACAGGGUUAGUGUAUGGAAUAACCCUUUUUUUGCAUCAACUCAAUGUACAAGUUCCACAUUAUUUAUUGUUAUCUAUCUAGUUAUUCAAAGGGAAUUUCUGUCUGUGGUUGUUAUUCAUCAUCUUGAAGAGUUAUUUUUGUCACCAGCUUUUUCAUUAAAGUCUUAGGCGUCCACUUGUUGGUGCAACUUAAGGCAUGCUGGUACUUCCUGGAUUUGAUGUAUAUGAAAUGCCCGGCCUUUUCCUCUCCACUCGCCAACAUAACCAGCGACCUACAACUUCUGAUAAGGAUAAAAAAGGACUUCUCGCUCUCACCUCAUAUUUCUUUUUUAUGCUGUGGGUCUAGCCAGCUUCCAGGUCUACGGGGCUGAUCGCGUCUCCAAAGGAGGUGGUUUGUGGUUCAACGUCACCCAAGGCUGGUUCAAUGAUGACACUUCUAAGUCUCCAGAUCUGGAAUCUAUUUUCAUCCACUGCAAACCUUUUUAUUCACCCCGUGAAUUUUCCUGUCAUUCUGGCUGGAGUCUACAUCGCUCCGAGCACCUGUGCACACACAGAGCAACAUCUACUGGUUGAUCAGAUCACAGAGGUGGAAAGAAAAUACCCAGAUUCUACUUUGACCAUCAAGGGGGGAUUUUAACCACACCAACCUACAACAGGAACUUCCCAGAUACAAACAAUUGGUGAAAUGUUCAAGUCAAGAAAAAAUUGUGGACCAUGUUUACAGCACUAUUAAAGGGGCAUACCAUGCUGUCUCCCAUGCUCCCUAAGGGAACUCAGACCAUGUGAUGCUACACCUCAUCCCUGCAUACAGACAGAAACUAAAAACUGCCAAGCCUGUCAAACAUGCGGAAAUAGACUGACGAGGCCAUUGGGGAGUGAAAGCACUGCCUAGAUUGAAACAUAUUCAAGGACAGCAAUGCCAACAUACACGACUACACAGACAGAUUCACAUCCUACAUCAGUGUAUGUGAGGAGAACUACAUACCAUCAAAUACUUUUCUAUCACACCUCAACGACAAGCCAUGGGUCACUGGUAAGCUUAGGGCUCUCCACAGUGCCGAAGAGCAAGACCAGGGUACUCUAUAGAGGUCAAGAAAAAGCUAAUCUCAAGAAUGAAGGCAGCCAAACAGCAGUACAAAGACAGGCUAGAGCAACUUCUCGUCUGUCUGGAAAGGACUGAAACAAAUUUCCAACUGGAAACCUAAAGCUACAAACCCUAACCCCUCACUGCCGAAUAAACUAAACUAGUUCUACUGCCGAUUUGACACACCCUCCACCUACCCCUCCUUGCCACUUCCCCCUCUCACCCAUCUACCCCAUCCCACCCCUCCCUUUCCCAUUCCUCUCCAGGCUCCUCUCUCCUCUUCUUAAUACUUAAGUCUAUUGACGCACACGUGCAUCAACCUAAGUAAUACAAUUU